AACUAAACGCACAAAUGACCCGGAAGUGAAACAUUUGAAUGUAGUCCGUCUGUCGUGGAUUUUUUAUGUAUGGUUCCAUCUGAGCAGGGGCCGCUGGUGCCCUCCUUUAACAGACAAGAUGGAGCCUCGUCACGGAAUUAUGAAAGCUUUCCCCAAAGUUAAAAGGGCCAAAGUACUACAGGGAAAGGAUGCACCUCCACUAAAGAAGAAACCAGAUGAAUGUGAUGUCACAGGAAACACUUUUAAUGGUGUCACAGUUUACAUCGUACCUGCUGGAAUAGGAAAUGCCAGAUGCCAGAUCUUUCAAAGACAAAUUCUGCAGAAUGGAGGACAGACCGAGAGUUUGCUGUGUCCUGGUGUCACUCAUGUUGUUGUAGAUGACAACAUGGACAGUGACAGGGCUCUGCGCCUUCUGAAAGUGGAUUGUAUGCCCUCUGGAGUCCAACUGGUGAAAUGCACUUGGUUGAGCCUGUGUAUCAGCGAGAAACAGUUGCUGGAUGUAUCCAGCUACAGCCUUCUUUUACCCAAGAGGGAAUCUGAAACACAACCUGGAAAUACUAAAGAAGAUCUGCCAAAUGUCAAGCCUGCUGCAGAAACUAUCGUAGAGCCAGUGCCUCAUCAAGCCAUUCAAGAGGAGACCACAGAUAUGACAGUUCCAGAUAGCAAAGAGGAACCACGAGGAGAAGAAGAUGCCGUCUCUCAGGGUGACCUGGAAGCACUCCUCACUGGCCAGCACCCUAAAGAGGAGACUACUAGCCCCAGCUUCAACCCCGGUCCAGACUCUGCUGCUCAGAAUGCGGUCUCAGGGAAGUGGGUCUGUGCCUAUUCCUCUCAGUCCAAAAGUAAUAACUUCAACAAGCACAUCACAGACAAGCUGGAGGUGCUGGCCAAGGCCUACACACACCAGGGGGACAAGUGGAGGGCGCUGGGCUACUCCAAGGCUGUCAACGCACUGAAGAGUUACCACAAGCCCAUUACAUCAUAUCAGGAGGCUUGUCAGAUUCCAGGAAUUGGAAAAAAAAUGGCUGACAAAAUUGAUGAGAUUAUGGAGAGUGGUCAUCUCCGAAAGCUAGAUUACAUUGGGGAGGCUGUGCCAGUGCUGGAGCUUUUCACUAACAUUUGGGGUGCAGGAGCUAAAACUGCACAACUGUGGUACCAACAGGGAUUUCGCACCUUGGAGGACAUCCGCACAAAAGCCCACCUGAACAACAUUCAGAAAAUAGGACUCAAGCACUACGAUGACUUUCUAGACCGUAUGCCCAGAGAAGAAGCAGCAGCCAUAGAGAAAGUGGUGAAGGAUGCUGCCCAGACUAUAGACCCAGGCCUGAUGGCAAUGGCAUGUGGCUCCUACCGUCGGGGAAAGGCCACAUGUGGAGAUGUCGACGUACUUAUAUCUCACCCUGAUGGCAAGUCUCACAAGGGCAUUUUCAGCAAAGUAUUACAGACCCUCCAUGAAAGUGGGUUUUUGACAGACGACUUGGUGAGCCACGAGGAGAAUGGAGAGCAGAAGAAAUACUUGGGUGUGUGCCGCCUGCCAGGACCCGGCCACCGCCAUCGCAGACUGGACAUCAUCGUAGUGCCCUACAAUGAGUUUGCCUGUGCUCUCAUGUAUUUCACCGGGUCAGCACACUUUAACCGCUCAAUGAGAGCCCUGGCAAAGACAAAAAAGAUGAGUUUAUCAGAGCACUCACUGAACAAAGACGUAGUGCGUCAGGGAAGCUUGAAGGUGUAUGGUGGCACUCCACUUUCUACACUAACUGAGAAGGACGUUUUUAGUCUUUUAGGCAUACCAUACAGGGAGCCUCAUGAGAGGGACUGGUGAUGAUUUCCCAAUCACAAUACCAUGUCUGGUUUUAUAGAAAAAUAAUCAUGAUGAUGAUGAUGAUGAAUGAUGACAAUGAGAAACCUCAAUUAUGCGUAAGCAUGUUUUAUUGUUUUAUCACAGCCCUGUUUGACUUGAAUGGACCUCAGCAGGAGGGCUAGAUACUACCAGAGAAAAGUGGGAAAUGAGCUGGGCCGCGUUGUAAUAUGGGAAGUGCACCAUGUUGUAUGUUUUAUGAUGGAGUAAAAAUAAUAAAACACACUAAAGGGUAA